GUCAUGAAUGAUGAUGGUCAUACYUCUAACAUCAGAGAUAAGAUUCUCACUAUCAAUGUAAAGCCUGGCUGGAGGGCAGGAACAAAGAUCACUUUUCCUAAAGAGGGUGACCAAGGACCCAACAAUAUCCCAGCUGAUAUAGUGUUCAUYGUCAAAGACAAACCACACCCAAUCUUUAAGAGAGACAAUGAUAAUCUAAUUUACACUGCAUCUGUACCACUUGGAAAGGCUUUAACAGGCUGUGUAGUAGAUGUACCAACCUUGGAUGGUAGAUUAAUCAGUAUCCCGAUCAAYGACAUUGUCAAGCCUGGAUAUCAAAAGGUUGUACCAGAUGAAGGAAUGCCGAUAUCAAAAAACCCAGAAGAGAAGGGCAAUCUAAUCAUCCAGUUUGACAUCCAUUAUCCCWACCACCUCAGUCCAGAACAAAAGAGAUUACUCAAGGAAGCUCUACUGUAAAUACUUCCAUUGCAAAAAUAAUUAUUUAAGACAAAAAUCGACCUUAGGAUUUUUUUUAGUAGAUACAAAAAUAGAUAAUCUCAGAAUAUGAAUAUCAAAAUGGGUUAAUAUUAGUAUGAAAUAUGAAGGGUUAUGAUACAAGGAAUUUUGCAGUAAAGUCACGUCUGCUAAGAUUAAAAAAUAAUAUCCUGCAAAAAUAUAUUUCUAUAUAUUUGUAUUAAUUUUAUGGUUUGCAAAAUUGAAGAACCUUUCUAAUUCCUUUAUUCUACUUUAUACUUAUAUUGAGAACAAUCAGACAUUGUAAAUAAACGAACCUUUUUGUA